GGGCUCGGCCGGGGAAAGCCAUUCAUGAAUUGGGUGAAAUUUUUCCCUCUUGAGGUUCGGAUGCUUGGCUUUGACCGCGCUCCUUAGGUACCGCACCGAGGACGGCGGGUUCAGUUAUCGUUUGGUUAUCGCACCCUCUGGAGCGUUGUGAUCCUUGUGGCCGUGGGGGACGGAACGCGUCAGUCAAGUGGACGUGGAAGUGUUCGUGCGAUCGCCGGUUAACAAUAGGACCUCCGAGGGACGGGCGGAAGUUUUUGUUGUCGAUACACGGAUUGGUUCCUUUGGGCCUAUGGGGGGAAUUCUUGGCGGCGCGACGACGGUGGCCUAGUGCACCAGCAGUCAGUGGUAGAAUAAUGGAUGGCAUGCAGGCGACAGUAGGAAAUUACAUUUGCCACCCAAAAGAAAGGUUCGUUUAUCGUUUUAUGUUCCGGUGGUUGGUUGCGCUUGGUCGUUCAGCAGGGAGAAAUGCGUAACCAAUGAAAAUAAAGUGAAGGGUGAUUGUUUUACGACCGGUGCGGAUUCCUUUAGAAAAAGUGCGGCAUCGUUGCAGGUUUCAAUUUGUGCCCAAGGAUGUGCGGUUCGGAAUAUGCAGAGCAAUACGAGUGUUAAUGGGUUCUGGGAGGGGAACGUCCUGGUUCAGAUGGUCACAGCAUCUGACACGAAUCAUAGCUGGUACACGACAAUUAGUGAUAAAGUGUUAAACGGACUGCUGGAAGGAGACCUGCAGGAUUCCAAUGUAAGCACUGUAGUGCUAAAGUCUACCCAUCUGGCUACGGCGGACGAUUUGUGGAUAUACCAGACGACAUUCCUGCCGGAUGUCCAACAAACAUCGAGGGAUUCCAGUUCCAGCAGUUAUGACAUUGAUCAGCAAACGUUCGUCUAUUACGCAGAAGUGUUGAGUGUCAUAAAUUUUUACUACAUUCCCGCACUGGUGCUGUUCGGCAGCAUAGGCAACAUCCUCUCGGUGCUAGUGUUUUUCAAAACCAAACUGAAGAAAUUGUCUUCCUCCUACUAUCUGGCCGCCCUAGGCCUAAGUGAUACGUGCUAUCUAGUGGGACUGUUCAUACCCUGGCUGAAUCUGGUGGAUAUCAAGAUCUACACCCUGGAAGUUUACUGUCAGUUUUUUACGUUCUUCAGCAAUUUGUGCAGCUUUCUGUCGGUCUGGUUUGUGGUCGCUUUUACGGUGGAACGCUUCAUUGCCGUGCUGUAUCCUUUGAAGCGGCAAACUAUGUGCACCGUGCGGCGUGCCAAGAUGGUGAUAACGGCACUGACACUGAUUGGAGUGUUUAUCAGCUUGCCGGUGAUAUUCUUCGCAUCGCCCCAGUACUCGCCGGCCAUGAAUGAAACCAUCUGUGAUAUGCCCGAGGAAUACAAAGACCAGAUGACGAUGUUCAAUUACCUGGAUACGAUUCUGGUGUUUGUGGUUCCCUUCACGGUGAUUGUAGUCCUCAACACCUUCACCGCGCUUACCGUGUGGAAAUUUGCCGGCGUUCGGCGAACGAUGACGAUGCCACGAAGCUUCGGCGGGCUGCGGGAGUCCCGGCGCCAUCAUCAUCAGCAUCAGCUCAAUCUAUCUUCCUCCAGUGCACAGUUCCUGAAUGGGAAUGGCGUUGUACAGCAAGUCCAUCAUUACAGUCGGAGUCGUGUAGCAAACUCGCAGAUAAAAGUAACGAAAAUGUUGCUUAUUGUGUCGACGGUGUUCGUUUGUCUGAAUCUUCCAAGCUAUGCGGUUCGAGUGAAAAUAUUCCUGGGGACCGACCAUGCCCACAUCGUGUUGCUGGUGCAGAACUGCUGUCAUUUAUUUUUCAUGACGAAUUUCGGCAUUAACUUCAUCCUGUACUGCGUCAGUGGGCAGAACUUCAGGAAGGCGGUGUUCGGAAUGUUUCGGAAGCACAGCAUGAGACAAAUAAACCAGGAACAGGCAUCCGGGACUCAAAUUUCAGAGUUCAUCCUCCGUAGCGGUUCCAAGAUGCGACGAAACACAACCACCAACAACGACGCGGACAACUCGUGGCGAGAUCUGACCGACUAUCAAAUAUCCAACUUUGUAAAGUGAAACGAACAAAAUGAGAACGGACGUGAAAUUGGUUUCGUUUUCCCGUGCUCCUUCGGGAUGAUGAUGGUGUGAAGUGACUGGAAUGUCUGGUUUCAGCGUAGGUAUACUGUCUUUCCCCAUCUAUGCGACAAAGUUGGCUCACGUACAGUGUCGAACAGGUUAUAUCAAAACAUGUUUUGUAAACUUUAUUUUACUUCUAUAAUACACUCCCGAUCAAAAGUUAGGGGUCAAAGCCCUUAAAAAACAUGUAAUUUUUUUAGGCCCAUAUCUCCGCCAAUUUGCGUCCGAUUUUAAAACCCUAGAUCUCAUUCAAAAGAUAAUAAGUCAAAGAAACUUUGAACAAGAUUUAGGUGAAACUUUAAAAACAAAUGUGUAUAUGUAAACUUAAGCCAAAGUUGCCAAAUUUUCCAAAAAAAACGAAUAUAAACUUACGGCAGUGUCGCCGGAAAUUAGGUCGACCAAAUUUCAAGAUGAGAGCGGUAAUAUAACCUGUUUUAUAUUAGCUUUCAACUGCUUUUGAACGAACUUAGCUAAAAAAUAUAGAAAUAAAGUAAUUAAGUAAAUUAAGUCUUGAUGACAUCGACCAAAAGUUUGGGGUCACCGCUCUAUCUGAUGUAUUGGCCAAAAGUUUGGGAUCACUAUCGUAAAACAUAGAAAAGUGAUUAACUGAUAUCUUCAUCAUCUUUCAUAAAGUUUUAAUUAUUUUUGGCCUAUUUGAAACAUAAUGAAUGGUACUUGGUACAUAGACAUUGGACCACACAUAUUUGCUAAAUUUUACCUACUAAUACAUAACGUAAAAUUGUCUUAUUUCCCUAAAUCUGAUGAAAUGUGCUAACAUAAAAAUCGAUGAAUACGUUAUAUUAAAUAUAUCAAACGUAAAUUUAGUUAAUUAUCAUUGGAAUAAGCCAAAAAGAAUUAAAAUUAAACUAUAGAUGACGAAGAUAUUACAAAAUCCAAAGUGAUCCAAAACUUUUGUCUGAUACACCAUAUUUAGGGGGGACCCCAAACUUUUGGUCGAUGACAUCAAGAGUUAAUUUACUUAAUAACUUUUUUCUAGAUUUUGCUGCCAAGUUCGGCAAAAAGUAGUUGAAAGCUAAAAAGGAAUAUAGGUAAUAUUACCGAUCUCAUCCUAAAAUUUGGUCGACCCAAUUUCCAGCGACACUUCCGUAAGUUUAUAUUCUUUUUUUUUUUUUUUUGAAAAUUUGGUACCUUUAGGUUUAAUUAAUAUACUAAUGCUUUUGUAAAAGUUUCAUGUAACUCAUAUUUGAAGUUACUUUGACUUAUUAUCUUUUGAAUGAAACUUGGGGUUUUCAAAUCGGACGCAAAUUGGCGGAGAUAUGGGCCUGAAAAAAUCACAUGUUUUUGAGGGGGUGACCCUAAACUUUUGAUCGGGAGUGUAGCUACUCUUUAUUUCAUAUAUGGUCUUCAAGAACUCGGGUUCAAAACUAAAAAGGAAUAGUAGAAACGUUGUAGAGUAACUUAUUUUACAUCGUAUUUUAAACAUUUAGGUACGUUGUACGAUACUGUAUACGUAAUCAGAGAUAAUAGAUCCUCACAACAUUAGCAAUUUUCAACGCAUUUAAAUUUCCCUUACUGGAGUGCGAUAGUUCGUUAUUUUCAUAAAAUCUCAUUUUGCCUAAAUCAAACAAUCUACGUGGGUUUCCAACAACGUGCUCCAUCUAAACGCAAAGCGUCGUAGAUGGGGGAUUGCUGUGUACAUGUGUAUAUACUAUGAAUCUGAUGAUAUCUAUGACAGCGUUUCCCAAUCGAUUUUUCCAAACAAUGUUGGAAAGUACUUUUGACCCAAAUUGUGUAACAUCAUUUUGUUUACUAAAAAACAACUAAAAAGUGGCAGGUCGCUUACCUUAUCACAUACCUUUUAUGUGUAUAUUAACUUAAGCUCAUUCUACACUCCUUUUUUUUAUUUAUUUUUUAUGUCCAUCAAUGGAAAACAGUUCGGUAAUAGUAGUUUACGCAACAAGGUGCAGGAUGAAAAUUUUUACAGCACGAGUCGUACAUUUGUCCAACGAGGCUUGCCGAGUUGGAUAAUUACAACGAGUGCUGUAAAAAUCGAGUUCUGCACCGAGUUGCGUACAACGUUUUUUGCAAUGUCAUAAAUUACCGCUUGAGGAUACUUUUUUACAAAACUUUUUCAUCAAACUGAACACUGAUGUUCAUAGCCAUGUUUAAGAAAGUCUGAUUAUAGCAGUUUACACUGUUCAGUUGUCCCAUUUUUCAAAGCCGCAUCCAGAAAGCAUCAAGAAGUUGAUUAAAACUGAAAACAGUGCUGUAAUGGUUCAUUACGCAACGCAAAACAGUGCUGUAAUGAACCAUUACCGCACUGCUCAUUUGGUGUGGGAAAGUAGGCGUUUUCCUGUCAGAUUUGCGUGAGGUUAAACAGCCUAUUACGAUAAGAAAUUGAAAAAAAAAAUGAAAGCCAACUUGUUUGAUUUGAUAGUGCUUAAACCCACCGACUGGAGAUAUAAUCAAUUUUUGAGAAUAAAACUUAAGCUGAAAAAAUUUGCAGAUGUGUAGAUUAGCCUCUUUUUGAAAAAAAAAAAACGUGGCCUGUAAGAAUCGGAGUGUGAAACAAUGGAAUUGCUGUGCCAUUCCCAAGAAUCAUAAAAGUUCUUUCAGAUCUGGAGCCUCCUGACGGACGGACUUGGGGUGAUUUAAAGGUGGUAGCAGCACUUUGAUGAGCACCUGAAAACUUUUAAAAGAAAAUCGGGUGACUAUUCCUUUGAAUUUUACUAAGAAUUGGCAUCCUUUGACAGAUACGUAUUUCGGCCUCAACUGUAAUAUCGUCUUCAGUGUCUCGUAGUCGUGUCAAGUACCAAGCACCAUUAGCAUAUUUUUUCCUACUAGUUUUUAUAACUAAACGCAAUACGAUGAAAUUGAAUAUAAUAACAUUAUAUUCUAAAAGCAUUAUUUACCCUUUCACCAGUCCUCUUGUUGUAUUUUGUAAAACACGCUAAAAAAGCUCGCCUGAUCUACAUAAAUCAACGUGGUGCUGGUAGCGGUGACCAAUUUCUGGAAGAUUAAGGAUUUUUAUUCGCUCUUGCAUUAUGUUGCUCUGAUUUUUUUUUUUGAUAAUGUUUACAAAACAUUUAUAAGAAAUUAUAGCUGAACGGAAAUGGAAAUUAUGAACUCUUUUGAUACUAACCUAGAAUUUCCUGGUUCCUGUAUGAGAACUUUUAAAAUUAUCUUCCAAUCCUAUUCGCUGGAGAAAAGAAAUCCCUAGAAAAAUUUCAGAAGAAAUCUGUUGAGGAAUACUUUGAGAAAUUUCAGCAGAAAUCCUUGGAGGAAUUCUUGGAGAAAUCCCUGAAGGAAUUGCUGAAGCAAUUCCUGGGAUAAUCUUUGGAAAGACUCCUGGAAGAAUGCCUGGGAAAACUUUUGAACAAAUCCCUGGCGCGAUUCCUGGAAGAAUUCUUGGAUGAGACCCAGCAAGAAUUCCUGGAGAAAUUUUUUACAUGAACUCUUGGAGCAAUCCCUGAAAAAAAAAUCCUGGAGAAAUCUCCAGAGGAAUUCUGGGAGGCAUUGCUAGAGAAAUUUCUGUAAAAAUCCAUUGAGUAAUUCCAGAAGAAAUUCCUGGACGAAUCUUUGGAUGAAUUUCUGGAGCAAUGUCUGGAGGAAUCCUUGAAAAAUUCCUGAUAGUAUUCCUAGAAUAUUUCCUGGAAGAAUAACUGAAUAAAUUCCUAGAAGGUUUCCUGAAGAAAUUCAUAGAGGAAUUGCUGACAUAGUUUCUGGAGGAUGUCCAGGAACAAUUCUUGGAGGAAUUCCUGAAAUAAAAAAUUCUGUGGUAUUUUCUGGAGGAAUUCCUGUAAAAGUUCCUGGAGAAAUCCCUGGAUAAAGUCCUAAAGAUAUUCCUGUGGGAAUUGCUGGAGGAUCUCUAUGGGAAUUCUUGAAAGAAUUUCUGGAUAAAUUUCUAGAGGAAUUCUGAGAGAUUUCUAUCUCUAUUUUUGUUAUUUUGCUAUUUCUGAAAAUAUCCCUUGAGAAAUUCCUGGAGGAAUUUUUAGCGGAGGUUCUGGAAGAAUUUCUGGAAAAACCCUAGAAGGACUUCCUGAAGAAAUCCCCGGGGGAAUCCUUGAAGAAACUUGUGGAGAAAUUCCUGGAGGAAUGCCUGGAGGCAGGCUUGUCCGCACUGAGCGCAUGAAAAUUCUGCUCUUUGGAUUUACACCAUCAAGCACAUCAUAAAUUAGAAAUCUUUUUAUCUUAUCAGAUAGAAGGGUGUUGAAAUAUUGUAAAUGUCAUUUCGAACUGUCAAAAAACCGCACCGCAGAGCCACACGGAGCGCGCAAAGAGAUUUUCACCCGGGUGAAAACACGCUAGUGAAUUUCACUUUGAACGGCCCGUGCGGCACUGCGGUGCGGUUUUUUGACAGUUCGAAAUGACAUUUACAAUAUUUCAACAUCCUUCUAUCUGAUAAGAUGAAAAGAUUUCUAAUUUAUUAAGUGCUUGAUGGUGUAAAUCCAAAGAGCACUCAGUGCGGACAAGCCUGCCUGGAGGAAUUCUUAGAGGUAUUUCUGUUGGAAUUGUUGGAGGAAGCCAUGAUGGAAUUCCUGGAGGAAUUUCUAGAGGAAUUCUUGAAAUAAUUACUGGAUACAUUUCUAGAGAAAUCUCUAGAGAAAUUCUGGGAGAUUUCUAUUAUUUUUCUAUUUCUGUAAAAAUCCCUUGAGAAAAUCCUGAAGGAAUUUCUUGCGGAAUUUCUAGUGGAAUUCCUGGAAAAAUUCUUGUGGCAAUUCCUGGAGAAUUUCCUGGAGGAGUUCCUUUGGGAAUAGAAAUCCUUGAAGGAAUUCUUGGAGGAAUCUUUGGAGGAAUGCUUGCAACAAUUACUGGAAAAUCUCUGGAAAUUCCCCCAGAGAAACUCUGGGAGAAAUUUCUGAAAAAUAUCUGAGAAAUUCCUGGAGGAAUUUCUAGAGAAAUUUGUGGUGGAAUUCCUGGAGGAAUUUCUGAAGGAAUCCCUGGGGGAACCCUUGAAAAAAUUCGUGGAGAAAUCCCUGGAAAAAUCCGUGAAGAAGUUUCUUGAAGAACUUUUACGGGAAUUCCCAGAAGAAUCCCUGCAGCAAUUCCUGGAGGAAAAUAGAAGAAUUCUUAGAGGAAUUUCUGAAAAAAAUCUAGAAGGUAUUUCUAGAGAUAAUCCUGGAAGAACUUUUGAAGAAUUUCAUGGAGAAAUUCCUGGAUGAAUAGCUGAACCAAUUUAUGAUGGAAUGCCUAAUUUAAACCUGGUGCAGUUCCUGGAGACAUCCCUGAAAAAAUUCCUGGAGAAAUUUCUCGACGAGACCUUGGAGAAAUUCCUGCAUGAAAUCCUGGAAGAAUGCCUACAUGAAUUUCUGGAUGUAACACAGGAAGAAUUCUUGAAGCAAUCCCAGAGGGAACUCUUGGAGGAGUCCCUGGUGCAAUUUCUGGAGGAAUCUCUGCAAGCAUCCAAGGAGGAAUCCCUGAAAGAAUGCCUGGAAGAAUUCCUAGGGGAAUUCUUGGUGGAAUUUUCGGAGGAUUCUCUGAAGUUAAUCCUGGAGAAAUCUUUGGAGGAAUUGCUGUAGAGUCCUGUUGAGUGUGUAAUCCUUAGAAGAGUUCCUAAAGAAACUGCAGAAGGAAUCCCGGAGGUAAUUUCAAAAGGAACCCCUAAAAAGUUCCUGGAGAAAGUACUGAAUUAAUUUCUGAAGGAGAUCCUUAAAGAAUACAAGGAGGAAUUCUUGAAGGAGUUCUAAAAAGAGGUACUUGGAGGAUUUUUUCAAAUAAGUUGGUCCAGAAAGAAACAUAGAAGGAAUUCCCGAGUUAUGCCCUGCAGAAAUUCUUAGAGUUAUCCUCGGAGGAAUUUCUGGAGGAUAUCCUUGAGGAAUGCCUGUAGGAAUUAACGACGGAAUCUCUAGAAACACUCCUGGAGGAGUCGCUAGAAGCAUUCCUGGAGAAAUAUCUGGAGGAUUCUCUAGAGGCAUUUCUGCAGGAAUGUCUUCAAUAAUUUCUGGAGCAAUCUUUGAAGAAAAUUUUGGAGGAAUCUCUUGAGAAGUUCCUGGAGGAAUCCCAGGAAUAAUUCCUGAGCAAAUUGCAAAUGGAAUCCUUGGAAAAAUCCUGAAGGGAUACUAGGAAGAGUUCGUUGAGGAACUCUUUGAGGAAUCCCUGUAGCAGUUCCCGAAGGAAUUCCUGCAGGAGUUCAUGAAGAAACUCCAGGAAGAAUCCCGGUAGCAGUUCCUUGAGGCAUUCCUAACGAAAUCCCUGAACAGUCCCCAGAAGAAGUACUGGAAUAAUUUCUGGAAGAGUUCCUGAAAGAAUUCCAAGAGGAACUCCUGAAGGAAUUCUAAAAUGUGUUCCUGGGAAAAUCCUUGGAGGAAUUUUUAAAAUAAUCCCUGGAGUUGUUCCUGACAGAAACACAGAAGAAAUUCCCGGAUUAAUCCCUGGAGGAAUUCCUGAAGGAAAAUCUGGAGUAAUUCCUGAAGGAAAAUCUGGAGUAAUUCUUAAAGAAAUCCCAUGAAGAAUUCCUUUGGAAAUCCCAGGAAAGCUUUCUUAACAAAUACCUGGAAAAGUUUCUGUACGAAAAAAAUAUGAAGCAAUCCAGGUUUGCAAUAAUUGUUGGAAUCUUUGGAUGGAUUCCCAAAAGAAUGUUUUGUACAAUGUUUUGAGGAACUUCUGGAUUAAGUUUCAGUCAAUCUCUGGUAAAAUUUCCUGUAAGGGUUUCUGGAAGAUAUUUCUGCUCAAAUACUUGGAAUUAUUCCAGAUUGAAUUAUUGGAGCAAUCUCUAGCGCAAUUCUUGAAGGAAUAUAUGGAGUAAUCACUAAAGAAAUCUCUAAAGGAACACUUACAAAAAUACCUGAAAGAAUUUCUGUUGAUAUUCUUUCGGGAAUCCUUGGAGAAAUUCCUGAAGGAAUCCUUGAAAAAGCACUGGAACAAUCACAGGAGGAACCUGUACAGAUAUCCCAGGAAAAAUUCCCAGAUGGAUGUCUGGUGAAAAUUCGUGUAGCAGUAGCACAUAACUGCACUCUUUAGCAGCACAUGGUUCUACAAAGUCCUUCUUUUUCCCUACCGCAACCGGUUCCGACAUACGUGGAAAAUUUGGCACGCUGUUUUUGUAUUCCAUAAAUAAACAUCACAAAAUUAAGCCUAUCAACCAAGCUUGUUAUUUGGUACAAUUCUAUGAUAAGAUUGAAGUGGUUCUCUUGAAGAAAUAUUUGGCGAAAUUUCCUGUGGUUCUCGAGUAAAAAAGGGUUGAUAAUUGUGAAUAAAAACCUUAAUUAGAAUAGUUUAUUUUUUGAGAUAUUUUUUGUGGACAUCUGAGUUACUGAUAAUCUUUGAGUUGGCUCGAUUUAAAAAAAAAUGAGUUUGGUGGCUAGGGGGAGAACGGAAAUUUCUGCAAAAAUGUCUUCCAGCCUUUUCGUAAGAAUCCUUAUAAAAAUCUCUAAAAUAAUCUGUAGAAAUAAUUUAGAAGGAAUCCUUGGAGGAUUUUUUAAGACUAUCUUAAGAAAUCCUUGGAGCAAUUUCUGUAAGAAAAAUAUCUUGAAAAAAUAUAUAAAGGUAUGUGAAGAAAUUUAGGGUAUUUCCUUAAUAAUCUCUAGUAGAGUUUCUAAAACAAUCCUAAAUGAGAAUCCUUUAGAAAGCUUCUGAGAAAAUGUUGAAGGACUUCUGAAUGUCUGAUUGUUAAUGUUCUAAAAAAAAUCCAGGAAUUAUUUUUGAGAAAGUUCAUGGAAGGUUUUCUAGAUGAAUGCUUUGAAAAAUUGCUGAAGGAAUCUCUAUGAAAAAAAAAUCUGAAGAAAUUCGUAGAUGAAUUUCUGAAGUACUAUGAAAGAUCUUUUGAAAGGAAUUCUAAAUUUUGAAUGAUAUCUGUGCAAGACUUUUUAAGGAGUUCUUGGAGAAACUUCUGGAGGACAUUCUAAAGUGUACAGGAAUCACUUGAACAUUUUGUAAAAGAAUUUCUAAUUCAGUCAGGAAUCCCUGUUCGAAUGAGUGUAAUUAGUUUCUUCUUCUUCUUUUUCUUCUUUAUGGUUCGACAUUCGCAUUGGAACUUGGCCUGCAUCUCUUCAACUUAGUGUUCUUUCGAGCACUUCCACAGUUAUUAAUUGAAGGGCUUUCUUUGCCUGCCAUUGCAUGAAUUUGUACAUUGUGUGGCAAGUACAAUGAUACACUAUGCCCAUUUUAAUUUCAGCGUGUAUUCGACUCCCUUAAACUAUUCUACUAUGACAGAAUGAUUUGGGAAAAAUCUAAAAUAUGUUAAUUUUAGCGAUUCAAUACAAAAUAAUCAAUGAUUUCUUAAAGGUGACUAAAACAUCAAUUUUUCAAUGAUUUUCGAAAAAUGUAAAUACGCUGUAGAAGACACCAAAAACCAUUUUAAGAUAUACAAAACAGUCCUAAAUAUCACCCAAAAAUAUAAAAAUUUGGAUUGUCCACGAAACAAAAAUUACAAAAAUGCUCAAACUAUACGCCCUCUAAAGGCGGGGUUGGGUAUUAGAGGGUUAACUACUAGGCUAACUGGAGCAGUCUUGUUAGCGAUCACAGUCUUUGACACCGUUUCGUCGAUAUUCGGCUGCCAUUGUAUCCAACAUUCAUAACACAAGCGAUCAAACUACUGUACGGAACAAAAAUGUCGAAUGAAUGCGCUUGACCACGAAUGCGCCUUCGGGAGAUGCUCCGGUUUUUGUUAUUCCUGUCUUUCCCAUAAAGAGAGCUGUUUUUGUUAAAUGUAUGUGUCGUAAUCGAUUAAUCACACACGAAUAAACUAAUAUUAUACCAAUCUUAAUCAAAAUUGGCUGAAAUCUUGCAAAAAGCUGGAAUUAGACAAAUGUCAUCGUGUCAGACGACGAUGAUUUGAUCCACUUUUUUGUUUAUUGAUCUUCGUUCUGCCGCUCGUGUUGUGUGUAAGAGGUAGCGGUCGCGCUCGAAUGAAACAAAGCAAGCUGACACCCGACCGCGGCAACGAAACGAAGGUAGUGAUAAAUGUCGAAUGUUUACAAGCCUGAACUGGAGACUGAGUGGAUAAUUGACACUGAGGAAGAUUACAAGUGGUAAUCGAUAUACGCGUAUCUGUCAAAGGAUAAGCAAUUAGGGCGGAAUUAAAAGGUACGAAAAUGAUUACACUCAUUCGAAGAGGGUAUUCUGCUUAGAGGGUUCGAAAAGUCGGUACAAGAUCAGGAAUUCCUGGAUGAUUUUUAGAAGUAAAUCUACGAAGACUUUCCAAAGGAGAACCUGAAAGAUUUUCUUGAGAAUUUCUGUGAUUUUAAAUGAAUUCUAGGAUGGAUUUCAGCAAGGGUUCACGAAAGAUCUAUCGAAAAAUCAAUGGAAGUUUUUACAAAGAAAAUCUGGAGAUAUUUCUGAAGAAUUUAUUAGUCGAAUUUAUAAAAGAGCUAUGGGAGGUUUUCUGAAAGAAUCUCUCGAAUAAUCCCAAGAAGAUUUUCUGAAAGAAUUUUAAGAUUAAAAAAACCUGGAGCAAUUUCUAAACCAAACCCCGGAGAAUGUUUUGGAAUUUUUGGAAGAUCAUUGGAGAGAAUACUUGAAGGAAUUUCCGAAAGAGCUAUCGAAAAACAAAAAUUUAGAAAAGUCCCAAAAAAAUAAGGAAAAAGAAAUCCAUGGAGGAAUUUCUGCAGAAACUCAUACACAACUCUUUGUGAAACUUCUGGAGGAAUCCCUUGUGGAAUUUCUGGAUAAAUUGGAAGUUGAUGUGAAAGUUUCUGGUGAAAUCCUUGAAAGAAUUUCCAAAGUUACCUCAGUACAAAAUUUUGAAGGAACGUUAGUAUCAUUUUCUGAAAAACUCUAGAAUAGUUUCUGAGCAUCGGGGAAAGUUUUAUUAAAGGAUUCUCUGGAAAAUUUUCUGAAUAAAUGUCCAAAGAAAUUUCUGAAGGAAUCUCCACGCGAAUUUUUAAAAGAAUGGCUGGAGGAAUAUCUGUUUAUAUUUAUGGAUAAUUUUUAUUUUAAAUGGAAGAAUUUCAGAAGUAAAUCAUGCAAGAUGCUUUGAAUAAAUUAUUUGUAGGGUGUGUAGAAUAGGAGGAAUAUCGGAUCAAAUCUCUGAGAGUAAAAAGAAAAUCGGUUAAUGUACUGUUCCUUUUAGUUUCACUAAGAAUUUGCAUACUCUGACAGAUACGUAUUUCGACCUCAACUAUAAGGUUGUCCACAGUGUUUUGUAUUUGACUCUGAGGGAUCCUAGAGAAUAUCCAUUGAGAAAGGUCUGAAUAUAUUCUGAACUUCUGAAAACUUCUGGAGUAACAUGCAGAAGAAUCUCUUGAGGUUUUUUUACUGGACUUUCUAAAUAAUUACCCGAUGGAAUCCCGGAAAGAAAAACAUGAACUAUAAUUUCUGAAAGAGUAAAUGGAUAAAAUCUUUAUUUCUUAAGAAAACCUCUAGAGGAACAUCUGGAAGAAUUUCUGAAAUAAUGUCUGAAUCUUCAUAAAAAAAAAGAAUUGCAUAUUUUGACAACAUCCUUAAACAAAAUAUGACAUCACACGUGGAGGAAUUCUUCUAAAAAUGUUUAAAGAAAAACACAAAAAAAUGCACACACGAACUUCUCCAGCAAUAUUCUGCUUAAAUCGUUCUAGAAAAUUCUGCGUAUUUUUUAAUUUAUAUUUCUAACCAGAACCGAAACGGGUAGAGCUACUAGUUAAUAGGGUAAAUAGUCAAUUGUUGCUUUUCUUAUAAGGUGUGCAACAAAUGGCGAUUAACCCUACCAGCUGAAAAA